CGUUCUGCUGUCAAACACAACAAAAACUACGUUCUUUUUGUUUGUAGUCGGUCGCGUUCGGGACGGAAAAUCACAAAAGUUAUUUGCUAUUUACACCCGUAAACAAGUGCCGUUGAUGUUUACCGUACCGGCAAACGUGCGCGCCGGUUCCGUGGCCUAGAUGUUACAGCAGUGGAGCAGCCCCCAAACAAUAAUAGCAGGUCAUACGCGAUGAAUCCGGUUUCGCUGUAUAUCACAACCUCGCGGCUAGUGUUCCAAAGCGGUUGCGAUGGGAUUGGCGAAGGUGGCAACGGUGCGGAUUCUGUCGCCACCGGUGGAGGUAACAGCAUCAGCAACAGUAGUGCUUUUGCCGAUCUGAACCGACUACUGCCGUACCUGAGGAAGAGUUUAAGCUGUGCCGUUUGCUGCCGGUUACUAAUCGAACCGCACACACCGGCUGAACUGAACUGCCAGCACCAUGUCUGCCGGAGUUGCGUCGGCGAACGGAAGAAACUCAAACCGUCCUGCGUUUCCUGUAAGGACUACAAUAGAUACGUGGAAAAUACCCAACUGAGAAUGCUACUGCAAUGUUACAAGAGCAUCUGCGAGUACAUCAAAACAAAACCAUUUUUCGCCGAAAUCCGGAGACAAGCAACCGGAGUGAAUGGCAUUUCGGUGACGGUAGUUGGACAAGGUGGUAGCAUCGGAGGGAUGAGUGCGGGUGGACAGCAACAGCAGGGCACGAUUUCGGUUCCCAGCAAUCUUUGGGAACUGAUUGAGGAGGGAGCUCUGUUUCAGGACAACUAUCGAUGCAGUUCGGGACUUACAAAAUCGGCGUACUCCAUUCUUCCCUGCAUUUAUCCGGCACCGCCGGUCACACUGAACGUCCCAUCGACACCGCCCGCAUCCGCAACAGGUCCACAGCAGAUGAUCAUCACCUCCAACAGUGGAGGUGUACAAAUGCAAGCAAAAAUCUUGCCAGCUACCUCCGGUCUUGAAAGUCAACCGUACACGGUUAGUGCCUGCCCGAUCACUAUCAUCGAUAAGCAACAUUUGCAAAAUCAGACGCAGAUUCAGCAACAGCAGCAGCAACAGCAACAACAACAACAGAAAGAGAUUAAAUUCCGAUCCGCGCCCAUCAAAACUGUCUCGAACGGAUCGACCAUGUAUUCGGUUCUGUAUGCCGGCAACGGAAACAAAAUCACCAUCAAACGAAAGACGGAUCCACCGCACGUUCAACGGCGGGCCACGCUGCAUACUCUGGACAAAGACGGUCAGAUAAAACUAGCCAAAACACUGGCGGAAAAUUCGGCAACCAUUGCCAGCUUCAAGAUGCCUCCGACGGCAACGGCAACACCGAUUCCGGUGGUCACCGCAAGCAAUACUAGUGUCAACAAGCAAACCGCAAAACAACUGCUGAAGAGACGCGGUUGUCGAUGUGGCAAUGCAACGGCAACCCCCGGUAAACUGACGUGCUGUGGCCAACGGUGUCCGUGCUACGUGGAAUCGAAAUCCUGCAUCGACUGUAAGUGCCGUGGCUGCCGGAAUCCACAUCGUGCCGAUGGUAUGAAGGUUCGCCCACACAUUCCAGAACUGCAAAACAUCGAAAUCAACCUUCACAACGCAAACGCCGGCGAAAGUAUCAGCACAGCGACCACCACUGUGCUGACUUCUCAGGUGAGCAGCAGCGGUGUCGGUGUCGGUGGUGGCAUUGCCACGAUCGCUUCCAUCAAUUCUCCAUCGCAACAAUCGUCGUCGGUUCUGGUCGGAACGAAAAGUCUCGCCCAGUACGGUAUUUCCGGUACGGCGGGUAGUUCGACACUGAAGAUCACACCGACGUCGAUAGCGAAUGUGCUGACCAGUAGCGGCGAUGGCAUGGAACUUGGACCAAGCGGUGGGCUGCUGGAUUCCAAUGGUUUCAGUUAUCUAACACCGGCCGCAGCUAGUCUGGAUUCGAGUGGGAUGGUAACGGGAUCGGUUGUCGGUGGAGGAUCAACCACACAGUAUACGGUUCCGGGUAGUAGUUUGACCAAUGGUGGAACCAUUCACGUGGUCGGAGUUUACACGACUCAUCUCGGAGAUGUCAGCUGCAGUCCUACCCUGUCGAACAUGAUUCGAACGGACAGUGGCCUCAGCAGUCUACUGACCCAUAAGCCUCCGGAUGCACUGCUUACGCAAACGUCCCUCAACACUCUGAACCUGGGAACGCCGACUACUCUUCUGGGGCACUCACUAUUCAAUCCCACUACAACGACGACGACGACGAUGACGCCUGCUGUCGGGAGUGGCGGGGGUGUUGUUGACCACCACAGUUCGGCCAGCAGUAGUAUGGAUCUGACCGGGAUGAGCGACGGCACCGGAAUCGACAUCAGCGAUCAGCUGGAUCUUGGUGGAGCGAAUCUAAUCACCAUCGAUGGACCGCUGGACGAUCGGUUGCACGCGGAUGAUGUCUGAGGCGGUGGUAGUGUCCGUUGUGUGUUCGUGUGUUUCUGUGUAUGUGUGUUCGUAUGCUCGUAGGUAUGUGUGUAGAUACAAACAGGAAUCAUCCUACUUUUCACAAUUUUUUUUUUACGGUAUAAUCGUACAUUUUUAACAUUACUUGUUUAAAUGUUUUAGUUCUUACCGUUUCUGUUUUUCGGAACGGAGACGACUUCGGCCGGAAUUGCAUUAGGUUUCUCUGCUAAUUUGUCGAUAUCUAUAUACUAAGUGGUAGGUUAUUUGCUGUAUUGUAUUAUGAUUACUCUUAUUGGUGUACAUUACGAAACAAGAAGGAGAAACGUACAAUUUGCAGUGUCAGUAGUGAGAUGUUCGUUUUUUUAGAGCCCUCCCAAACCCUUCCCGCUGAAAUGAGUAACACAAUCGUCGCCUUUCCAAAAACAGUUAAUAUAGAAGGUCUCUCCCGAAUGUUGGAAGUAAUUAUGCGUAAAUAAAAAAGCAAGUCCAAUUUUGA